AUGCCAAAAUUCACCUCAUCUUCAAUAACCCUAAUUAAUGAUGCAAUGGCGUCAUUCCUAGAACAGCUAGCGCAUCUAACCGACAGGUACAUGGUUCAAAGGGGGGAAAAGUAUCCUAUUAGACCGCAACACAUAGUGGGUGGGAUAAACCAGGGCGAUGACUCAGUAUCUUUCCUAAAAGAAUCGAUCGAAUACAUAAAUAAGAAUCAAGAUAAUGGCAACCAUAGGAAUUCAGUUAAGAAGGCCAGGAACAGUGAAAUAUUGCCAUAUGAAGUUACAGAUGAUGCGGAGAAACGUAAAAUAACUAAGUAUUUUAAACUAAAAAUGUUGUAA